AUGAUGUUUGUUACCCUGGCAGAUGUAACAGUCACAGUAACGGCACCACAAGGAGUUCUUGUGGGUCAGCAGGCCAUCAUCAACUGCACCAUCAAUCCUGACCAAGGGGCAGCAGUAACCUGGACUAAAGAUGGUCAUGUGGUCCCUGAUGCAAGUACAACUGUACUUAGACAUGGAGCUGGACCCAUUAACAACGGUCGUUAUAACGAAUACAGAGACAGAGACAUAGACAUUGUAGGCCGGGCAAGUCUUCGGAUCCAGAACACCAGCCUGAGUGAUAACGGGGAGUUCUAUUGUACUGUUACUGUGUCCGGACCUUUAGUGGUGGGACCAGAUUCUGCUGUCCUCACUGUCUUCGGCCGCACCGGCCCCCCAACCAUCUCCCUCUCCGGCACCCCCAGUACCGAGUAUCCCCUGACCCUGACCUGUACCACGGCUGGAGGGUACCCUGCUGCUACCAUCAGCUGGUACAGAGGAAAUGAGAACAGGACUGGGGAGGCUGAGGAUCAGACUGAUGUGGAGGAGACUGACGGGAGCGUGACGUCAUCACGGCAGUACACCUUCACACCGACUAAAAACGACACCGGCGUCUCCUAUAAAUGUGUCGUCAGUCAGAGUGUGCUGCAGAUGGAUCUGGAAGCUGAGACGACGUUUAAUGUCACAUACCCAGCACAGAUCACCCCCACGCCUCCGGUGACCACAUCAGUCAUCGUCGGUCAGACAGCAAAUUUCUCCUGCCCUGCCGAGGGCAAUCCAAACAACUUCACCUACAUCUGGAAGGAGGGAAACCGUACCAUCAACUCUGCUCAUGAGGACCAGUUUAGUCAGAGUGAUGGCGUGCUGACCAUCAGUAAUGUGCAGAGGAACCAACAUGACGUGACUUGUGAGGUCACCAACAACAUUGGCAGAGCUGACACGGCUUCUACAACACUAGACGUGCAACAUGCCCCAGAUGUGUCAGCUCCGGAAAACGUGACAGUAAAGGAGAACGAUGACUUAACUGUCCAGUGUGCUGCCACUGCUAACCCUACUGUCAGCAGUGCGGAGUGGAAGAAACAGGGCAGCCCAACAGUUGUGUCCAACAGCGCUACGCUAUCCAUUUCAAACAUCCAAAAGGAAGACGCCGGUACCUACGUGUGCACAGCGCAAAACAUACUUCAUGAUGACAGCACUGGGACUGGAACAGCCUCAACUGUUGUCAUCGUGCAAUAUGUCCCGUCCAAACCUCACCUGAACAUCAGCCCCAACCCGGUAGUAGAGGACCAAACUGUGACCCUGGCGUGCAGUUCUACCAGCGCAGUUCCCAACCCGUCAUACACAUGGAAGUUCACAGCCCAGGGACAGGCUGAACGGGACGUAAACUUUGGAACCACGACUAACAACGGAGGAACACUGACCAUACAUAACGUACAGCGUGUACAUGCAGGGCAGUAUAGAUGUACGGCCAGUAAUGACGUAGGGGACACGGACAGCGAUUUAAUAGAGCUGGUUGUCAACUCAGGUGGAAACAGCAACACAAUCAUCAUCAUAGCUACAGUAUCCGGAUCCGGAGUUGUGCUUGUGGCUAUCAUUGGUGUUGGCGUGUUCAUCAUUAAGAGAAGGAGGUCAGCUAACGCAUGGCAAGUCAGACGACGGUUACCAGAGUCUACGGAUAGCCCACAAACGGACAAUAUGGCGUAUGAAGAUGUGAAGACACCAUCGGAGUUUCCACGAGAUCGGCUGGAAAUCAAAAAUCAACUUGGAGAAGGCGAGUUCGGAGAGGUCUACAAGGCUGAAGCCUGGAAAAUUGCAGGGCUUCCGGGUAUGACUACAUUGGUCGUGAAGACAGUGAAAGGGAUUACAAAGGAUGCUUCGGGUGCUUUUUUCAAAGAGUUGGCUGUCCUGAAACUCAUCGGGACUCACCCAAAUGUCGUGUCGUUUCUGGGAUGCUGCACGAACACGGAGCCGUUCUACCUGCUGCUUGAGUACGUGUCCGGAGGGAGUCUCCAGUCCAACCUCCGUACCAGCCGCACUCAGCAAACAUACGGGAACUUACACGGCGGCAGCAAGUCCCUCUCAUCACGUGACCUCACCAAGUUCGCCUGGGACGUGGCCAAGGGGAUGACCUUUCUGUCUUCCAAAAAGAUCCUCCAUCGUGACCUGGCGACACGAAAUGUGUUGGUUGCCGAAGAUAAGACCUGUAAGGUGUCUGACUUCGGCUUCUCACGAGAAGGGGAUGAGUAUGAGAGAACAACUAAGGUAGCUAUUAUCUACAAUUUUGAAAGAAUUCAAGUUCGUUAA